GAGGUCCCGGUCCCCGAGCGCCUCCGCGUCCCCUCCGGCCACUCACUAUGGCGCGAGUCUCCCAGGUUCCCUCUUGGAAAAGCCCACGCUCCGGAGCCUCCUUCCAGCCCUCUCUCCCCGCGCGCCCUCCGUCCCCAAAGGACUCCCUAAAUGUGUUGCUCAUCAUGUGUUUGCUUCUGAAGACUUGCGAAUUAAAAUCAAAGUUUCAGGAACUGCCUCUGCAGAUGACACCGAACAUUGACCAGCUUGCGGAGGAAGGCGUGAGGCUCACCCAGCACCUGGCGGCCGCCCCCCUCUGCACCCCGAGCAGGGCCGCCUUCCUCACAGGGAGACACGCCUUCAGAUCAGGCAUGGACGCCACGGACGGCUACCGGGCCCUGAUGUGGAACGCGGUCGGGGGCCUCCCGCAGAAUGAAACCACGUUUGCAAAGAUUCUUCAGUGGCAGGGGUACACCACGGGCCUCGUCGGAAAAUGGCAUCAGGGUGUAAACUGUGCCUCGCGCACCGACCACUGCCAUCACCCUCUGCACCACGGCUUUGACUAUUUCUACGGCAUGCCCUUCACGCUGGUCAACGACUGCCACCCAGACAGGCCCCCGGAAGUGGAUGCGGGCUUGAGGGCCAGGCUGUGGCUUUACACCCAGAUCAUGGCCCUGGGCGUGUUGACCAUCGUGGCUGGCAAAGUCUGCAGGCUGAUCUCCGUUUCCUGGAAACUAGUCUUGAGUGUGGCCACUCUGGUCCUGCUGUUUUUCACGUCCUGGUACGCCAGCUUUGGCUUCGUCCGCCGCUGGAACUGCAUCCUGAUGAGAAACCACGAAGUCACCGAGCAGCCCAUGGAUUUGGAAAGAGCCGCGAGCCUCGUGCUCAAGGAAGCCGUUUCCUUUAUUGCAAGAAAUAAGCAUAGUCCAUUCCUGCUCUUCGUGUCUCUGCUGCAUGUCCAUAUCCCCCUGGUGACCACAGAAAGGUUCCUUGGGAAAAGUCAGCACGGCUUGUAUGGCGACAACGUGGAGGAGAUGGACUGGCUCGUGGGGGAGAUUCUGAAUGCCGUUGAAGAACACGGUCUGAAAAACACGACUCUCACGUACUUCACCUCUGAUCACGGGGGACACUUAGAGGCAAGAGACGGACAUGUCCAGCUGGGCGGGUGGAACGGAAUAUACAGAGGUGGCAAAGGCAUGGCCGGCUGGGAAGGCGGGAUCCGGGUCCCCGGGAUAUUCCGGUGGCCUGGCGUCCUGCCGGCCGGCCGUGUGGUCCAUGAGCCCACCAGCCUGAUGGAUGUCUUCCCCACCGUGGUCCAGCUGGCGGGCGGCCAGGUGCCCCAGGACAGGGUGAUUGACGGCCGGAGCCUGCUGCCCCUGCUGCGGGGAGAUGCUGAGCACUCGGCACACGAGUUCCUGUUUCAUUACUGUGGGCAGUAUCUCCACGCCGCCCGCUGGCACGAGAAGGACAGCGGAAGGCUGUGGAAGGUCCAUUACACCACACCCCGCUUCCACCCCGAGGGCGCGGGGGCCUGCCACGGCCGCGGCGUGUGCCCCUGCUCGGGGGCCGGCGUGACCCACCACGACCCGCCCCUGCUCUUCGACCUGUCCAGGGACCCGUCCGAGGCCCGGCCCCUGUCCCCCGACGCCGGGCCCCUGUACCGCGAGGCGGUGGCCCGCGUGGGCCGGGCGGUCUGGGAGCACCGCGGGUCCGGGAGCCCGGCGCCUGCGCAGUUCUCCUUCCACCACGUGGCCUGGAAGCCGUGGCUGCAGCCCUGCUGCGGGGCCUUCCCGUUCUGCGCGUGCUCCCGGGACGCAGACCCCGGGGAGACCUGACCUCCAUGCUCCCAAGGUCAGGGCACGGGGUGGGCGAGGAGGCAGGGAAAACGGGACCCCUGUGUGCUGUCGGGGACGGAAAACUGGAGCAGCCGCUUGGGACAGCAGGCUGGAGGGUCCUCCAACCACCAAAAAAUGGAACUACCCUAGGAUGCAGCAGUCCCAGCCCUGCGUGCGCGCGUGUGCGUGUGUGAGAGAGAGUCGCUUGGUCAUGUCCAAUUCUAUGCGACCCCAUGGACUGCAGCCCUC